ACGUUUUGUUCGCUUGACAUGGAUUGUUAUUGCUGGUUUUAAGCCCAUCAAAUUAAAUGCCGUUGGGCUUUGUAUUUUACGGUUAUGUGUUGUGAUAAUCUCUGACAGUAAAGUUAAAUGAAUUAGGUGAAACUUGAAAGUCACGUGCAUUCAUUUUCUUUUGCGGUGUCCUAAAGCCAUUAAAACUUUUCAACAAUGAACUGUGCUGAUGUCGGAAUCGUCUUUAAACGACAUGUCCCACAGUAUAUCCAUACAAUCUAAAAUUGCUCUAUAUUGGAUUUAGAUAUUUUAAAAAGCACUAGUGUUAUCUGUUAUGUGUUUACCGUUGACGUUAUUACUAAUUAUAAAAUAAUUUGAAUAUAUAUGGUUUAGUAUGCUUCUAGGUGUUUGUAAUUUCGAUUAAGAACAAAAUGGAUCACCGUAAAUCUUAUCAUUCAAGCUUCGCUCUUAGUCAAAAAAAUAAACUUCACUCUGUACAUAUGAAAUCUUACAUCUAAAACAAGAUUUAGCAUAACUUGAUAAACAUAUACGAAUUUACUAGUUGCUGAUUUACAUUAGACUGAAUAUCUAUUGUUAUAACCGGAUAUCGAUUGUAAAUGAGUCAUUUACCUAAACGGAAACUGUUAAAUAAGAUCGUUUAGUAUUGAUGUUGUAUAUUGUACUUUUAUUACUUGUAGACCCUUUUCCUACAAGAAGAGAUAACUUGCAUCUAUUUUUGAAAAUAAAAUUGUCAGGUAAGUAUUACUAUAUUCAUCCGUGCUCUUUUGUCCGUUUCCUUUCAGAAAGCAAAGAUCCACAAACCAAGGGAGAAAACAUCCAAUUUAACAAAAGGUUAAACUACGUUUUCGCAAAAAGCCUAUCGUAUCUUGAUUCCACGUACCCUCCGUACAUGCAUGUUGUUGUAAUUACAAUUUUUAACUUAACGCACCUAUAUAAUAAGAUCUAGUUUCAAGUGUAUGAUGCACUAAUGUAAUAUAAGAGUAAUAACACUUUUAAAAAACUCACGAAUGUAACCAACGAAGAGAGAUGGCGAGUAAUACUAUUUCGAGUUGCGGGAUUGAGAAAAUUAGAAAAGAAUGUUACUACGAAUGGAUGAGUUUACAACCUAAUAAACACAUAGUUGAUCUCAUAGAAGCGAUCAUGUUUCAACGAUCUAACGCCGACGAUCAUCACACUCGAAAACUCGUUGGUAAAACCAUUAACGACUUAGUUACAUAAAAAAUCAUCAACGACUUUCCAAAAAAAAACACCGUAAAAUGAUCGGAGCUCUUAGACCGAAGCUGUAGCUACUUUGCACCAUUGUGAAACUCUUCUCUAGAGAAUGGUCUUCUAUUGAUGGUGGAAUGCCGUCCUUCAUCUUUCAUUAGAGUUAUAUACGCUCUUUGUGGAUCCCAUGCCGACAAGCUUUCUCAUCAUCUCCUCAACAUGGAUGAAAACGUCAAAGAUGGACAAGAUGGUGAUGGUUCCAUUAGCGAUCUUACUGCGAUGCAGCUUACAUCUUGCGAGAAUCAAUGGUCUUACUAAAUUUUUUAAGACUCCUAAAAGUUCAUGUCACCCUGUAAAAAGAAGAUAAAAAUUAGAAGUAUAAGAAUUUGCUUGUUAAAAACAAAGAAUUUGCAUCAUUCUUUUAUUUUCUUUUUCUUUACAUGAUGAUCUUUGGGUUGUUAAUCAAUUUGGGUUUGAAAGCACUAUACAACACCUUAUCGUAUGGCAUAUGGAUAUGAACUGUUUGCUUAGAAUACCUAGAAAGUGGGUGCAUCCGUAGUGUGCACCUCUAUUUGGAGAUUACUCUAAAUUCUUUCAUAGGUCCGGGAUACUCAGAUUACUAAAAUAAAUAAAUGAGAGAAUUUGCAAUAGGAUGUUGCGGAUAUGCCAAUGGUUAUCAAGGUUUUCUCUAAGGAUUUGGCUGAAGUUGGCGAGGCCGUUGAAGAAGCUUUAGAUAAGCAUGAAGAGGGCAUGACAGUUCUAAUGGCGGAGGCUGAAAAGCUGAGGCUAGAUACAAUUAGGACGAUCGUGGAGGUUUUGACACCUGUUCAAGUGGCGGAGUUCUUGCUCUCCCUGAAAAGAUUACACGUUUUGUUGCACGAGUGGCGAAAGAGGUAGAGAAGAGCGUUGUCUCUCGGGUGUGCAGCCGCUAGAGGUGGAGCUGGGAAGCCAAAGAGAUCAGCCACUUGUUGAUGUGGGAGUAUGAGUUCUUUAAGGUUUUAGAAAUAGUCUUGUGUAAUAGUUUGGUCUAAGCAGAGAUGAGAUGUGUCUUUAUGCUUUUGUCUUAUACUGGAAUAACAAAAGCUGUAAAUCCUCAAAAGACGGCAUCUUCUUAAUCAUAUGAAUACAAAUAAGUUAUGAAUACAAACGUCAAGAUUUUAACUGUGUUUUUCUUUGCCAAGUUGAACUAUUUUUAAAAAUUGAUUGGCUGUUGUUGAAUCUUUGUAACAUUCGAAUAUUCCUUUUGUUGAUUCUGCAUCCAAAGUUAAAAAAAAACAAAGCUAUUUACAUUAGAGAUAUAUAUAUAUAAGAGAAAUUGCAUUCUAUAACUAUAAAAACUAUUAUUCACUUUGUAAUCAUAUCAAAAACAUGAUUAGGAUUUAGGCGUGGACUCUCGAUUACAUGUUUGAGUUCAGAUCGGAUAUUUCAGAUUUUUGGUUAUUCUGGUAUUGGAGUUUAGAAUCUGUUCAUUAUUUUUACAUAUCGAAUCGGGUUUGGAUAUUUUUCAUUUGGGUUCGGUUAUUUUAGGCCUGGUUCAAAUAUUUAUAUUUUGAAAAAAAAAAAUUGAAUUGCUGAAAUUUUUUAUACUUCAAAUUUUACCACUAUCUUAACUGAUUUUCUAAUUUUUUUAUAAGUUGGACGAUUAAUAGGUUUGAAGAUAAAACUUUUAAAAUAAAAAAGACACUAAUCUCGUUGUUGUUUUGAAAAUUGGAAUGCAAUUUUUGUUAAUGCAUAAAACAAGAGGCUUGACAUAUAUUUUAAGUGAAUAACAAAUCUAUUUAUCUGUAAUUACAUGAUUAUUUGAUUUUGGGUCAUGUGUAUCAUUAAUAUAAAUAAUUUGAACAAACUGAAAGAAGUGAACUAGAAAUAUAUGGUUAAAUAUAUAUGGUCGAUUAUCUUCAUAUAUCUAUUCGGUUUGGAUUACCCGUUCAGAUUUAAAUAUGAUAUCUUUCCGAACUCAAUAUCUGUUUAGGAAUUUUGCUACUUUGAUUUGGAUUUCAGUUUAGCAUUUUUGGAUCGGGUUCGGGUACCAGUUCGAAUAACGAGUAAAAUUUGCAUGCCUAUUUUAAAUAGAAGUAAAAGUGCUACAAUUGUAUUCUAUUUUUCACUAUAUAAUAGAGUAAAAAGUGAAUUUAAUUUUGUUUUUCUUUGUUCAUAAUUUUAUUUUCCACUAUAAAAUAGAGUAUUAUUAGAGUAUAAUUCAAUUUUUUUUUUGAUAAAUCCUAUUGGUUAUCCGGUCGGUCUGGGAGGAACACACUUAGUGAUACAGAGUGGAUUAGUCCGAAAGCGUAUCAUAUUGCAUGACCCAAGUUUGAAUACUUUUUGACUAUUGCGAGAGGAAUGAACCAAUCGUCGUGUAAAUCACUUGAGCCGAAAUCCAAAAAAGAUGAACCAUUUGAGAUGGUGUAACAAUACCUAUCCCUGAUUAUUCACAACUCUUCGUCUUUUUAUCAUAUCAUGUAAUUUUUUUUUAUCAAAUUUUUUUUUUUUUAGUUUUAUUUUAUCAGUUACCUAUACGUCGGUGUUAUCAUUUCUUUGAAUCAUUCAUAGUUUAUUUAGACAGUAUAGUAGUAUAAUUGACAAAAUUUCAUUUGUGGAGUUUUUGCAAUUUAAAAGUUUCUUCUAUAUACGAAUUUAAAAGACAUUUCCAGAUGGCUUUAAUGGGAACAUGUGGUUGGUUCUGAUAAAUUGGGUCACAGACUCACAGACUCACCACUUGCAAGAACCAUUAUUUACAUGAAGAAAAGACAAAGGAAGACAUGAACUUCUGGCUUUCUAAGUUUAGAUUAAAACUCCUGUUCCUUGUUUCCCCAACAAGUUAUUAUGUUCAUCAUUUCCAUAUACAUAAUGAUCGCUGAUAGUAUUGCCUUAUUCCAUUUUCUUCAAAUAAUAGAAGAAAAAGAAUAAAAGUUUUAUUAUAAAACAGAUUUAGACUGAUUAUCAAUAAUCACACUCGAACAAAAGCUCCGAAAGAAAUUGCAUCAUUAAUGCAUCAUUCAAAUCAGCAUCACAAACAUAUAUGCUUUACCCUCACAUGUAGAAUCCAGCAAGCUUGGCCACAUCACGCAAAAACAAAACUCUUUCGUAUCUGUGAUUGUCAAAUCAAAUCAUGCAGAUAUAAUAAUUUACUAGAAAAAGCCAAGUCCAUGACAAAUUGCUUUCAUCAUCUCAAAACCAACUUGCUUUAGCACAAUGACAAAAACACUUCACAUGGUGCAUGUCAAUUUCUUUACCCACAAAUAGUUAAAACUCCUGAGACUCACUAUCUCAGUUUCCGACCAUUCAAGUCUUCAAGGAUCAACAAAAAAACAAAGAACAAUAACGUUCUUCUCUAGCUCUCUUCUUGUUUCAUUACCCAUUUUAAGCAAAUAAAUGACAACCAAAAAACAGAACAAAUCUUUUACACAUAUUAAAGAGGAUUUUUAAGAAGGAAAAAAACAAGUUUCUUUAUUUGAUUUCAUUGUUUUAUACAUAUUAAAAGAUCUGAUACGAAACUGUUUACAAACUCUUCCACACACACACAAGAACACAAAAAAAAACUGCUAACAGGUUAGUAAAACCAUAAUUCAAAGUCCGUCUCUAACGAUCUCUCCAACUGUAAAACAUAAAAUGUUACAUACUUCGGUUCUACAUUCCACCAAC